AUGGUCACCAAGUGUUCUCGUUUAUGGAAGAGGGCUUCUCACAUCGUGUUGGACCGUAGCGAAACUGAAAACAAAUCGGACAAAAUUCUCUGUGCAAGAUGCAAUACACUAAAGCUUCGCCAAAUCCUACGCAAGGGCGUCCCCGAGAAGAAGGCGAUACCCAUUGGCAGCCUCCUUCAUGUUAUCGCCUCUGCAAACAAGUGUAGUCUCUGUCGGCUUAUUGCACACAGUGUGCGGCAGGCAUGGCUUUUGGAUCGUGACGACUUUCAAAACGAAGACUUGUCGCGUGUCGAGUGCGCAUUGUACGCGGAACCUGCAGGGUAUGUUCCACCAAAGAACAAGUUUAAGGCCUUGUUUAUGUCUCCUGCACGUCGCCUCAUUGUGCAAGCUGAACCCUGUCCGCCUCCCAUCUACUCAGCGCAAAUAGCUGCACGGACCGAUAUGCAGCCGCAGAUCAGACUGUUAGGCAAGGAUGCCUCAAAGCUUCGCCAGGACCCCGCUUUUCAUGCUCGGCGUGUACGGCAGAGUGGAGUGGAAAUAGAGCUUGUCAAGAUGUGGAUGAGGAUAUGCGAGGAAGAACAUGGCUCAGAAUGCGAGGAAGUCUGGUGGAGGGACAUGGAGAGUGUGCUACCAAAGGGGAUGCGGGUGAUCGACGUCGUCCAGAUGCGUUUGGUCAAUACUCCACACAAAUGCCGCUACGUUGCACUCAGUUAUCUCUGGGGCGGACCAGGCGACGCCUACUGGACGACCCGGGCAAAUUUGAUGCAAAGACAGCAGGAUAAAGGUGUCGACUGGACAGAGCUUCCGGGUACAAUUGCCGAUGCCAUCCACCUACUCCAGCUGCUAGGGGAGAGAUACCUCUGGGUAGAUGCAUUAUGCAUUGUCCAGGACGAUUUGGAUGACCAGAUAUCUCAGAUCAAGGUGAUGGACCAGAUUUAUAGUAACGCGCUGCUCACCGUGUUCGCCGCUGGUGGGAUGAGCGCCCAAGCAUCGCUUCCAGGACUGAGGUCUCGUCGUUCAUCUUUUAACCAGCAUAUUGAAAAAAUCCAGGGUCUUCAUCUAGCUGUUUCUCUUACGACUCUAGACGAGGCAAUAACUCGGUCUUUUUGGAACACCCGUGGAUGGACAUACCAAGAGUAUGUCCUGUCGCGCCGUCGACUCUGGUUCACUCCCGAGCAGGUCUUCUUCACUUGCAGACGAGAUACUUGGUGCGAGGAUGUAGCGGCAGAAAGUACGUCUAAGGACGCUGUAUACGCAACUCAGCAUAUAUAUUCUUUGGCUGGACCAUUAUCAUUCCCUACAGGGUAUAAACCGGGCUCAAGUGACUCGUACAUUGACCGGUAUAUGCGCGCUGUCCAGGAGUAUACCACUCGCCAUCUCAGCUAUGAAUCGGAUAUUCUUAACGCGUUCACUGCUAUUAUGAACAUCUUCUCUAAAGGCUACGAGACGGGCAGGGGUGAUCCUGGCUACACAUUUUGUUUUGGUAUGCCGGUCUCGGAAAUUGAGAAUGCGCUGUUGUGGCAGCCCAGCGGAAGUACCCUGCUUACUCGGCGAAUCAAUACUCGCAUUGCGACUCCCUCAUGGUCCUGGACGGGCUGGUGCGGUGCGGUCCUUUACUCGGUUGUGGGAUUCAAAGCCACCUAUCCAGAAGCAAGCCAGUCUUUAGUUCAUGCGUGGUUACUACAUGACGAUGAUGGAAUGGCACGACAGCUAAACGUCAGAAAUCCUAUUCAAAAGGAAUGGCUCAGUAACGGAAGAGAGCCGGCCGUGCGCUACAAUGGUGUUCAAGGAAUGUUGUCAAUGUCUUUACUCGACCACGAACUGCCAGGCACGCUCGUCUUCUGUACCAGUUCAGCAUACCUCUGCGUUGAAAAAGUAAAUGAUGACCCAAAAGGUGCUGCUGGGAAGUCAUCCCAAGGAGAAAAUGUGAAGUACAUAUCACCUCAUUAUUCCAUAUUCUCCAUCAGGUCGCAGCACACGGAUUCGCCCAAUAUCCGCAUUGGCCAGAUAAUUCUUCCCAACUCCACGUGUGCCUCGGAUUCACUUGAGUUCAUUGUACUUUCGCGUGCAACAGAUGGUUAUGAUGAUGCGUUUGACCAGAGUGUCCUCGGCGCAGACUAUUAUGGGUCUUUGUUAAACGUCAUGGCUGUGAUUGACAUCGAGGGCGGUGUCAAGGAGAGGCUCGGAGUCGGUGUUAUUGCUGAGGUCGCCUGGCUCGCUGUGAACACUCAGGAGAAGACUGUGAGGUUACGGUGA